AUGGGGGGCAAAUCAGGAAACAAGGCCGGCUACUUCGACAAGCUGAAGAGCUUGUUGGAGGAGUACGCGUCCAUCUUCAUCGUCUCCGUCGACAAUGUCUCGUCGCAGCAGAUGCACGAGAUUCGCCAGUCGCUCCGCGGCAACGGCGUUGUCCUGAUGGGCAAGAACACCAUGGUCCGCCGUGCGCUCAAGACCUUCCUUGCCGACUCGCCUGAGUACGAGCGCCUCCUGCCUUUCGUCAAGGGCAACAUCGGUUUCGUCUUCACCAACAGUGACCUCAAGGAGAUCCGUGACAAGAUCCUGGCCAACAAGGUUGCCGCCCCCGCCCGUGCCGGUGCUGUUGCCCCGUCCGACGUGUGGAUCCCCGCCGGCAACACCGGCAUGGAACCCGGCAAGACCUCCUUCUUCCAGGCUCUCGGUGUCCCGACCAAGAUUGCCCGUGGUACCAUUGAAAUCACCACCGAUUUGAAGCUCGUCGAGGCUGGUCUCAAGGUCGGCCCCUCCGAGGCGACCCUGCUCAACAUGCUCAACAUCUCUCCCUUCACCUACGGUAUGGGCAUCACCCAGGUCUACGACCACGGCAACGCCUUCCCUGCCGAUGUCCUCGACAUUGGCGAGGAGCAGCUUCUGAAGUCUUUCUCGUCGGCCAUCACCACCGUCGCCGCCAUCUCGCUUGCCCUCAACUUCCCCACCCUGCCGUCGGUUAUCCACUCCGUCGUCAACUCCUACAAGAAGGUGUUGGCCAUCGCCAUUGAGACCGACUUCAGCUGGCCCGAGAUCGAUGAGCUCAAGGACCGUAUCGCCAACCCCGAUGCGUACGCCGCUGCCGCUCCUGUUGCCGAGGCCGCCGGCCCUGCCGAGACCAAGGCUGAGGAGAAGGAGGAGUCCGAGAAGGAGGAGUCUGAUGAUGAGGGCUUCGGCGGUCUCUUCGACUAA